UCAACUUAGAACCAAUUUCUCUGAAGUUUCAAAUGCAAUAUUCUCCAUUAUGUCUUGUCCUUGGGGCUUGGGCCUAGGCAACCUUAAAAUACUGCUCCAACCCCUAACACCAAAUGCUUAAACACAUUUACAGUCAACAAUUUCGUCCUCCCUCUCUCUCUCUCUCUCUGUAGUCUCUACGCCAUGGCAACACCUGCCGCCGUCGCUGCUGCCGCCACAACCGCCCCAAUAUUCAUCUCAACCACCACCCUCCGCUCAAUCCUGACCCACAAAACAUUAGUCAGCCACUUCCAAACCACCCUCCCAAACGCCUCUCUUUCUCUCUCUACCCCACCUCGCCAUUCUCUCUCUACCUCCCCAAAUUCCACUCUUCUCCUCAUGCCCUCUUUCUCAACCUCUUCUUCUCUCCCUUACAUUGGGGUCAAACUUGUAACUUCACACCCUCAAAACUCUUCCCUCAAUUUACCCGGAAUUCAUGCUUGCUACACCCUUUUCAGCUCCAUCACUGGCCAAACCCUAGCUCUAUUUGAUGCUACUGAGCUGACCCUUUUCAGAACUUCCUCAAUUUCAGCCUUAGCCUCUUCUUAUUUGUCAAGAAAUGAUGCCCAUGUUCUUGUUAUAAUUGGUUCCGGUAAUUUAUCACCCCAUUUGAUCACUGCCCAUUUGGGUGUUAGGCCUAGCAUCAAGAGGGUGAUCAUUUGGAAUCGAACACCCGAAAAGGCGGCCGCAUUGGCGGAUAGGUUGAGGGGGGAGAAUGGGUUUGAUGGGGUGAGUUUUGAGAGUAAUGGGUGCUUGGAGGAGGUGGUUGGGUUGGGUGAUAUUGUGAGUUGCGCCACGAAUUCGGAGAGAGAGUUGGUGAGAGGGUUAGAGUUGAAGGAAGGAGCCCAUCUUGAUCUUGUUGGGUCGUUUAAGCCAACAAUGAAGGAGUGCGACGACGAGGCAAUAAGGAGGGGGAGAGUGUUUGUUGACAAUGAGGUUGCAUUAGAGGAAGCUGGGGAAUUGGUGGGUGCUUUUGAGAGAGGGGUGAUAACUAGGGAUGAUAUUUGUGGGACUUUGGUGGAAUUGAUUAAAGGUGAUAAGCUUGGGAGAAAAAAUGACAAGGAGAUUACUGUGUUUAAAUCUGUUGGUUCUGGUGUGGUUGAUGUUCUGACUGCUCAACUGGUUUAUGAAACUGUCAAAACAGAUCAAAUUGCCCAGCAAUAAUUGGUUUAUGAUGAUGCUAUCUAUAUUGUACUAAUGAAUCUUAGAGAAAAAUAAUGUACCUGGUUUUAUGCAGUUAAUUGAGACUAGCAGUAUGACUGUCAUGUAUCAAAUACAAAACCUUGUAAAAAUGAUGGAAGAAUAAAGGUUGACACUGUAUGUAAUACGUAGUAUAUGAAACUAGCAGUACAAGUUUCUGUAGUUUUUUGUACUCGAAAAUCUAUUAAAUGAAAAAUGCAUAAUCUUCUUACA